AUGUCUCGCGCCUCCAAACUCACCCUGUUGGGGACGUCGGCCUUUGCCGUGCUGACGGUCUUGUUUGUGCACCACCAGCAGAGCUCUGAGAAGACGGCGAUGCACCAGGGCGUGGUCCGCGACAUGGAGCAGCAGCGGAUCAAGCGGGAACGACAGCUCGACUUUGACAUGCAGCGCGAGCUCGAAGCCGAGUACAAGAAGAUCCAGACAGUGCACGAGACAGUGGCCGACGCCGCCGACGCGGAGAGCAGAACAGGAAGAGUUGUACCACCGUCAGCGCCGGUGGUGGCAGCUCCCGAGCCUUCUUCGGGGGCAAGGUAG